CUCAUUGCCUUAAGUGAAGGAAUAUUUGUUUAACUGAUUCUUUGAAUACUUUUUUUUGUACAAAAAGUUUAUUAAAUUGAUAUUAAAUAUGAGGAAAGUUUUAAGUUUUGAAAAUUUGUGCGCUUUUGUGCUGUUAUUGUGGGCAUCGGAGACAUGGAUGGUGUCGGCUGUGUGUCCGCACAUACAAACAGUGCCCAACUUUGAUCCCGAGCGGUUCAUGGGCAAAUGGUAUGAAAUACAGAAAUAUCCCAAUGUAUGGGAAGCCGGGCAGAAGUGUAUUACAACUAAUUAUAAUCUUAACCCCAACGGCACUAUCAAUGUUGAAAAUCGUGGCGUUUAUAAAUUGAUUAACUACCCAAUAAAUAUACGAGGUUUGGCCACACCUAACACAACUGAUCCAGCUAGGUUUGAUAUAGAGUUCAGACGAUUCGCCGGUUUUACUGGAAAAUCAAAACUUUGGAUAUUGGAGACCGACUAUCAAAACUAUGCGCUCACAUAUUCCUGCUCUUCGCUACCCGUAGUGCCCAUUAAUAUCGAAAAUGCAUGGAUUAUGAGUAGAACUCCUACUUUGGACCAACAGAUUGUGGACCUCCUGUCCAAUAGGCUUACGGCCAUCAAUAGUCCGACUUUUCUAUUCUUCCGCACCGAUCAAAGCAAUUGUCCCAACGAUGACAACAAUACUGAUGGUAGAAAUCCAUAGGAUUUUGUUGUGCUUUUCUUCGUAAAGAUAUUUUAUUUAAUCAUAAAAUAAAGUUAUUGUGUUUUCUUUGACUAA